GUCUGACGUCACGCCCAAACAGGAACUGGCACUGCUGGUGAUUGUGCUGUGAGUUUCCACAGAAACGCUUUUUAUAACUGAAAGUGCCUCGAUAUGUCACAGGAUUUGUGGUUUUUACUCGGCGAACAGCUGAUAUAAAUGUUGCCAGGCUGGUUUGCUGGGAUCUGUCACAUGACGUUGUUGAUGCCAAUCUUGUGAUUUAACGCUAAAUUAGUUGAAAACUGGUGGAAACUGUAGCAGGUUACAGAAUUAUGAUGCAGCUUGUCGCAUGGCUCGGGAAAUUGCAGAAAACAUCCAUGAAAGAAACAAACAGCAGAGGACUGGAGGGAAUCCAGCCAAGCUCAACAUGUCCCUGAGAGCAUCAUUACAGAAGCUCAAACAGAAUAUAGCACAGCUCAGGGAGACAUUGAAUCUGAAUUCUGCCCAACGGCGUAUAAUGCAAGCUGAAGCAAACAGAAGACAGACCCUUGUUGAUGACCUCGCUACCAGAGAAGCGAUACUGAACACCUCUUUUAAAGAAGACAUCUCAGAAGCUGAGCCAUCAAGGUCUUGUCUGAUGACUGGGGCAAACGGUUCGAGGCCCGCUGGGAACCCGUGGCUGGUUAAUGAGUCUGAGCAGACCAGAGGACUCCGCUUUGGAGAAAUCAAACACCAACAGCAGCAGAUUAUUGAAGCUCAGGAUGCUGGCCUGGAUGCUCUGGCUGCAGUCAUAAGUAGACAAAAACAGAUGGGUCAGGAGAUUGGCAAUGAGUUAGAAGAACAGAACGAGAUCAUUGAUGACCUUGCUCAGCUUGUGGACAAGACAGACGGCCGCAUCCAAAACGAGACGCACAGAGUCAAGCUGUUAGACACUAAGUCUGCUACCCGUGGAAUGCAGGGGAUGGUUGUUCUUCUCCUCGUCGCUAUCGUUGUCGUGGCUUCUUGGUAGACUUAAUGAAGAGCAAGUUUCUGAAGAGAAGACGGCACAUAUUAGAAAAACCAUCUCUGAGGUGAAAGAGAGAGGUUCUCACAUGCUCCUGUCCCCUUUUCCAUUUAUGAAAAUAAUAAAACCCAUGGCUGGGAAAAAGCCAAGGAAUGGACCACUAUGAAGAACUAAACGUCUAAGCUCCACAGAUAAUGAUCAAAGUUGGAUUUGGAAUGGAAAGGAAAAUAGAAAAGAGUUUUUGAAUAGUAUAAUGAAUAUAACCAUGAGCUCGAGAUGCUCCAAGGGGGGAAAACCUAUUUAAAUUCUUUGUUUGGCAGCGUAUCCAUCUUGUAAACAAGGUCCGAGUCACAAAGCAAGACAUAUACAGUAUAAUGCAAAUAUCUUCUUAACUUCUCUUUCAUUUACAGGUCAGACUCUAUUUUGUAAGUGAGAAGAAAAACUGAAAUGCCUGAGUUUGUAAUGUAACACUUUCCUGUCAAUAGUUUUUAGCCUGAAAAUGUGACUGUUAGAAAUUCUAAGAAAUCUAGUUGGUCAGCUUUUGUCUCAGCUGUUUUGAUGGUAAUAUUUAAAAUAUCACAAAUGUUAGUACUGAUCAUUUCUCACGUUAGGUCAUUUUGUCUUGAACCUUUACUGUAAUUACUGACUUAAAUCUUUUUUUCCAACCAAUUUUUAUAAGAGGGGGGAAAAUGAAAAGGCACACUAGUAAUAUUUUGAGGUUUUAUUCCAAAUGAAUGCUGAAUGUAGUUCUACCAGGUUGGUGUUCAGUAGUUAUCUUCCCCUCUGGACUUUAAUCACAACCAUCUAAACAACCACAAACUGUAAAAAAGAAAAGAAAAAAAGAAAAGAAAAAGACAUAAAAAAUCCACAAUGUCUUGUGUCAUUAAAUAUUUUCUUAUAAUAACCAUAAUAUAUUAGUAUGCACUGUAAAACAAUAUUGCAGACGUCUUGUAUUUGCCACAGCUAAAUUUACAAUUCAUAAUAUGAACAAGAAGCAAUGUAUGUAAGGUCUGCUGGUAAUGUCAAAUACAGGAGCUGUAUUUCCACUGCUGCGAAAAGUCAAAACUGAACAUAAAUUUACAUCACUGGAAUACUAAAAAUAAAAAUGAGUGCGCACUAAGAUACUGAGUGCCAAACAAAAUACAUUUACAUGUGCUGUUACGAAUAUUGUUUGUAACCGGUAAAUACAGCAUAUGUAUAAAUAUCUGGAUGUCAUACAUUGUGUACAUUUGCAAGAAAUAAUCAUUGAGGAAAGAUGAGAAUUACUGCACACGUAAACCGUUCAUCAGAUCUGACUUUUUUCUUUCUUUUUUUUUAUGGUAUCUGAUGUUGAAAUGAUCAGUUCUUGCCGUUUAUUUUCUUAAUGAUCUGUGAAGGACUGACCACACAAGCAAAUGUUAAAUGACCCUCAAAGAUCAGUGGAAAAGCUGUACUUUAGAGAACAUCCGUCUCAUUAGUAAAAAAAUAAGUGUGUGUGUGUGUGUGCGUGCGUGUGUGUGUAUGAGCAGCGUUUCUCACAGUGAAGAGAAUUCUCUAUUGUAUUGAAACAUUACUGUACAUGCAUUCCUACAUUCACAGAUGCUAAAUGGACAUGGAAACGUUUAAGGAGAGAUGCUAACUACUAGUACUAAACUAAAUACUAGUUAAAGGUAAUUCGUACACUUCUAAAUACUGUUUUACACACAAGGAAAAAUACUAACUAUACAAAGCAUUCUGCCAACACUUCCAGGACUUACGAAAAGGCCUGUUUAUAGGGUGGACUCGUCACACUGAAGUUCAGUUUUAACAAAAGGACGUCAUCGUCCAUGUCUGGACUAUAAACAGUUGAAUCAGAGCAUCAAAUAGAGCAAGAACUGCUGUUUGUAUUUAGAGUCAUCUACCUCAAUCAUCAUGUCUUAUACAAAAAUAUACAUGGUGGUUUUAUUCCAAGUUCAAAAAUAAUUGUAAAUGCAUGCUAAUAAUUUUAGGAUUUGUACAAGCAUGCUAUUACAUUUUUAUGGAUCCUAAAUCAGUUUUCACCACUAACGUGUACAGAUUUGAUGUAAAGUGGCAUGAUUCACAACACAUGGAUCAAACAAAAAAAUUAAAAUUAAAUCAACCAAA